AUGGAUCUUUUUGUUGAUGCAAUAGAUUCUAAAAUACACUCCUUGGAAGAGUACCAGGAACUUGUCAAAAUUAGAACAAGCAACACAAAGAGUGACUCUAAUUCCAGUAAAAAUAAUAAUGAUGACUCUAAAAAAGGUAAAAAUAAUAAAAGUCCACAAAAUCUGGUCGAACCCAGCGACAACACAGAGGUGGAUAAUCUAGUACCAAAUCCUACCGAAAAAAGUAGCGAAGAGGAAAAUGGCCCAGUCCCAUUCCUUAAUUCUUUAGUAGAUUCUUGUACACAUCUGGUUAGAACCACAAAUUUGAUUUUUACAGACGAAGAUCGCAACAUUUUGUCCGAGAAGUCAAAGCAAGGUAAAAUCUCUGAAAUAUACAAAGCAUGCCAGAGGUCGAUCCAAAUAAUACAUAACAUUGUGAAAAAAGUAGCACCGGACUAUGUGUACGAUAAGGGGACCAGCGCUGUGGAUGUGCUGCUGGACGAGAUAAAAAACGAUUUUAAAAGGCUCCAAAUACCGAUGGAUGACGAUCCAGCCGAGGUAACAGAGAAAAGACUCGAGACAGUUAGUGUAUCGAAGAAGAAGUCGAAAAGCUCAAAAAAUGAGUUGAGUGAGGAGUCUGAUAAAUUAGAAAAUGAGUUGAGUGAGGAGUCUGAUAAAUUAGAAAAUGAGUUGAGUGAGGAGUCUGAUAAAUUAGAAAAUGAGUUGAGUGAGGAGUCUGAUAAAUUAGAAAAUGAGUUGAGUGAGGAGUCUGACGAAGAUAAUAGCGAGAGUAAGGAAGAGCAACCGAAGGAAGAUCCAGACGCCAAGAAUGAGAAUAACCUUACCAAAAAAACAUUGAACGAAGAUGAGGAUGAUAUACUGAGUGAGCACAGUUUCGAGAUUGAUUUGAAAAAUUAUAAACUGCCUCCGAGACCACAAGAUAAGUGGAAAUCCUCUAUAGACAACUUCACGACGAUACCGCACAUUAACAAAAGGAAAAAGAAGUAUAAUAAGGUGCUGCCACAGAUAAUAUAUAAUAAGGAGGACGUGGAACAAAGGUUCUUCAAAAAGGGAUUCGUGCCGCAAAUUUACCCGAGAUUUGAGCAAUUGAGAAUGGUGAGCAAGAUUAUAGUAGUAAACAGGCAUCCGUACAUGCAGGAGUUGAAUUCACUGGAAUGGUCUGAAGAAAAGCUGGACUCUACACACCAAGGCUACAACAUACUGGGAGGAGAGUGGAACCUGCUGGAAAAGUCGGAGCCACUAGAGCUGGGGGAGUCGAAGUACAAGAUGGUGCUGACGGAGGAAGAUCUUAAGGCGAUGAUAGAAAAAAUACAAAAUAACACGAUACUGUCGAUCGACGUGGAGCACUGGAGCAAGAACACGUACAGAGGGAUCGUGUGCCUGAUACAGCUGAGCACGCCGGAAGAAAACUACAUCGUGGACCCAUUUGACAUCUUCACGAAACUGAACAUCCUGAACGUGGUGACGACGGACCCGAGGAUCCUGAAGGUGAUGCACGGCUCGGACAACGACAUAGAGUGGCUGCAGAGGGACUUCGGAGUGUACAUAGUUAACAUGUUCGACACGAGGCAGGCGGCCAAAGUACUUAAUCUGAAAGAAGAAUCGCUGAUGAAGCUGAUCGACAAGUACUUCAACGUCAAGAUGAACAAAAAGUAUCAGCUCGCAGAUUGGUCAAAAAGGCCCCUGGACGAAGAAAUGUUGAACUACGCGUGCUCAGAUAGCAACUACCUCAUACCGCUCUACAUUAAAAUGAAAAAUGAAAUACUGAGCACUAGCGAUGGGAAGGUCAAAAUGAUAAGAGUGAUGAACUACAGUAAAAACAUAUGCCUGACACAGUACGUGGACAACGGAGUGGAAAUGUACCGCAAGUUUAUCAGAAUAACGAAGAAAAAUAAAAUUGAACGUAAGAGUAUGAGCUUUGUACAAUACAACUUCAUGCUUAACCUGCUGGAGUUCAGAAACUACGCAGCAAGGAAGCUGGACGUGUCGGAGCAGAUGGUAAUAAGGGACUAUCAAUUGGGACUGUUGGUUAAGAAGCUGUUGAUGGGUACAAUAUUCGAAAAGAUCAUUUUCGACUUCAUGAAGUUGGUGCAUCACGAAAUUCCGAAGCUGGUGGAAAUUAAAAACGCCCUGUGUUUGGUGCGCAAAAAGUUAAAUAAUUCGAUAUUGACGUUGAAGGAGCCGCAAUCGAUUCAGUUCAUACUGGAUUUCCUCAAUGAAGAUGAUAAAAAGUUGCAUUUGGAUGAAGUGCAAAAAAUGAAGAAUACAAAGUGCAUAGAUAAUACAUUGAAGGUGUAUAAUAAAUUUGUAGCUAAUGGGCUUUUUAAUAAUACUUCGACGAUGCAAACUGGCAUAGAGCAAGAAAAGCCGCAAAGCAAAGUCGAAGAAAUAUUAGAAAAAAGGUCAUUAGUGGAAGAAGCAAAUAUCGUCGAAGAUUGGAAGAGGAAGAGGUUUAAUAUGUAA